AUGGAAAUCGCCGAUGGGUCCACGCAACCCGCCGGCGCCGGUCCCGUGUACGUCGAGAUCAAGACGGAGGAUGAGGAGGACGAGGUUCGACUCUCGCAAAACGACUCGUCGUUUGAGGGGUUAGAAGCCGCCGACGCCGAACCCGCGAGCCCCGAGCCGAGCUUGCCGGCGCUGGGAACCGCGGCCGUGGCGUGGAACGCCGCGGAUCCCCACAUGGUGAACCAGGCGAAGCAGAGACUGCACACCAGCGUGAUGCCCGGCGGAUUUGCCAAGUGCCGCGAACGGGAGCGUCGGAGGGUGGUUGACAUCAUCCAGGGGUGCCUCAAGAAGCGCCGCAGCGGGUCCGUGUACGUGUGCGGCCUCCCGGGGACCGGCAAGUCGCUCACCGUGUCGCAGGCUGAGAAGAUGAUCCGGUGCUGGGGCGACGGCAGCAAGGAGGGCGGCGGCGACAGGCACGCGCUGCCCGCCAAGGAGAGACCUCGAGUCGCCGCGGUCAACUGCAUGGCGCUGUCCGAACCGAGGCACGUGUUCGCGCGCGUCAUCGAGGAACUCGGCGGGGUUCCACCGGCCCUCGACGCGAACGGCGCCGACGCGAACGGCGCCGCCGACGUGACCCAGCUCCCCGAGGUGGCGGCGCUGCGCCAGCUGCCCAUGACGGUUGUCCUGCUCGACGAGAUGGACCAGCUCAUCGGCAAGGACCAGGCGAUCCUGUACGAGCUCUUCGGUUUGCCCACGCUCCCCGGCUCGCGGUGCGUCAUCGUCGGCGUGGCGAACGCGAUCAACCUGGUGGAGGUGACCCUGCCCAGGCUCGCGGCUAGGGGGUGCGAGCCCACCGUCGUCAGCUUCAACGCCUACGACAAGGAUCAGCUCCAGAGGCUGCUGAAGCAGCGCCUGGCGGGUCUUCCCUUCGCCGUGUUCGAGGACGCGGGCCUGGAGCUGGUCGCGAGGAAGGUGGCAGCGGCGACCGGUGACAUGCGCCGCGCGCUGAACAUCUGCACCAACGCCAUCGACAUAUGCGCCGGCGAGGCGGCGAGGGCGGCGGAGGAGGGCGCCGCGCCGGCUGGCGGCCCCGCCGGGGGUUUCAACGCCCCGGGGGAGGACGUGACGCUGGUGAAGAUGCACCACGUCGCGAGGGCCAUCUCCGCGUCGUUCAACUCGCCGGUCGUGGAGACCAUGCGGGGGUUGCCCCAGCACCAGCAGAUGGUUCUGUGCGCGGCUGUUCGCCUGUUCAGAACCGCCGCGAGGAAGGAGACGGCGCUCGGCGUCCUCAACGAUCAGUACACCAAGCUGUGCAAGGAGUCCAAGCUGAAGGGCCUGACGUCCGGGGAGUUCUCCGGCGUGUGCACGGUGCUCGCCGACCUGACUCUGCUCAAGGUGGGGCCCGGGCGGGAGGACAGGCAGCGCAAGGUGUCGCUCGGGGUGCACGCGGACGACGUGGUCUUUGCGCUGCAAGGGGUCAACUUUUUCAGGAACCUCAUCGGCGAGCUCAACAAGGGAGCGUGA